AUUCCCUCUCAACUCAGCCCACAUCAUUGCUCUGCAACUCAGAACAGCAACUUCUGAGACCACCUUGAGAACAGGAUGAUCCUGAACAGAGCCCUGAUUUUGGGGGCCCUCGCCCUGACCACCAUGAUGAGCCCCUGUGGAGGUGAAGACAUUGUGGCUGACCACAUUGGCGCCUAUGGCAUAAACGUCUACCACUCAUAUGGUCCCUCUGGCUACUAUACCCAUGAAUUUGAUGGAGAUGAAGAGUUCUACGUGGACCUGGAAAAGAAGGAGACUGUCUGGCAUCUGCCUCUGUUUAGUAAAUUUAGAAGUUUUGACCCUCAGGGUGCGCUGAGAAACAUAGCUAUUGUGAAAUAUAAUUUGGAGAUUAUGAUUCAAGAGUCCAACUCUACUGCUGCUACCAACAAGGUUCCUGAGGUGACUGUGUUUUCCAAGUCUCCCGUGAUGCUGGAUCAGCCCAACACUCUCAUCUGUCACGUGGACAACAUCUUUCCUCCUGUGAUCAGCAUCACAUGGCUUAGGAAUGGACACUCAGUGAUAGAAGGUGUUUCUGAGACCAGCUUCCUCUCCAAGGAUGAUCAUUCCUUCUCCAAGAUCAGUUACCUCACCUUCCUCCCUUCUGAUGAUGAUGUUUAUGACUGCAAAGUGGAGCACUGGGGCCUGGAUGAGCCACUGCUAAAACACUGGGAACCUGAGAUUCCAGCCCCUAUGUCAGAGCUGACAGAGACUGUGGUCUGUGCCCUGGGGUUGACCGUGGGCCUUGUGGGCAUCGUGGUGGGCACCGUCCUCAUCAUCCGAGGUCUGCGUUCAGGUGGCCCCUCCAGACACCAGGGGCCGUUGUGAGUCACACUCCAGAAGGAAGGUGCACUGUCCAUCUUCGAGAACAGA